ACCACCGCAUUGCUGCCAAGCGUGCAGCCCACGACACAUGAGCUGAGGAAACACCAGCCAUUCCUUCAGCACUGUUCUGAUGCCAGGUGGAUCUGGUGCCAAGCUUGAGCUGUUGCGUCCAGCACAGUGGAACAUGGAUUUUGUCUCCGCUGCAUUUUCCUAACAAGGAAAGUGAUCUCGCAACGUGCGAGGAAGAGAUCUGCAUGCUAUCGAAGGAGCCAGCCCAGCGCUUGAGUGAAAUACUCCUAACCAGCUGCUUGCUAAGAAUCUCACUCCAAGCUUACCAGAAAGAGGGGUAUUUUGGCUCUGCCUAAACUACAAACAAGCAUACAGAAAUGAAGAGAAAUCCGACACAGCUGUUCCUGUGGCUGUUGGUGUUCCUCUCCAAUGCUGUGCCAUUCAGCGAUGAGAAAUCACUGAGGGAAAGAGCUAUUGAGCUGAUGCAAGAUACUCAUUUAAUCGAUGGCCACAAUGACUUUGUGCUGCGGCUGAGAAUAUUUUACCAAAAUAGACUCAGUAAAGUCAACUUAAGGGAACUCAACAAGACCCACACAAACCUUAACAAACUUCAAGCGGGCUAUGUGGGAGCUCAGUUUUGGUCAGUGUAUGUUCUUUGCAGCGCUCAGAACAAGGAUGCUGUACGCCUGACCUUAGAGCAAAUUGAUGUUGUCAAGAGGAUGUGUAACAGCUAUGAAGAACUUGAAUUCGUGACAACUGCCCAAGGUAUUUUGGACAGUAGGAAGAUUGCAUGCUUGAUUGGAGUAGAAGGUGGCCAUUCUAUUGACAGCAGUCUGGCAACACUUCGGAUGUAUUAUGAUCUAGGCGUUCGUUACUUGACUUUAACGCAUUCCUGCAAUACGCCGUGGUCUGAAUCGUCGUCUAAAGGAAUACAUAGCUUUUAUCCUAAUGUUGCUGGUCUUACUGCAUUUGGCCGGGAAGUGGUAAAGGAGAUGAAUCGCCUGGGCAUGCUGAUAGAUUUAUCUCAUACUUCAUUAACCACAGCAAAAGCUGCACUACAUAUCUCAAAAGCACCAGUAAUUUUCAGCCAUUCUUCAGCUUUUGCCGUUUGUAACCACUCAAGAAAUGUUCCUGAUGAUAUCCUCCAGCAACUGAAAAGAAACAAGGGAAUUAUCAUGGUGACUUUCAAUGCAGAUGUACUGGCCUGUGGCAGAAAAGUUGUUAAUGUUUCUACCCUGGCAGAUCAUUUUGACCACAUAAAGAGAAUUGCAGGUCCUGAAUCAAUAGGAAUUGGUGGUGACUACGAUGGAGUGGAACACUUCCCUGAGGGACUCGAAGAUGUUUCUAAAUACCCCUCUUUGAUUGGGGAACUACUUAGAAGAGGAUGGAAUGAAACUGAACUGAAAGGGGUCUUAAGGGAAAACUUCCUCCGUGUCUUCAGGGAAGUGGAAAGGGUGCGGGACAAUGGACUAAUGGAUGUAGGUGAGAAAGAAAUCCCUCAAGAAGAAGUACAAAAUUCCUGUCGCCUAGACCUAAAUAAUUAUCGACUUCAGACAGUCACAUCCUUUGGAUUUCCUUCUGUGGCACAAUCUUUCAAUCUAAUACUUGUAAUUGUAGUAUAUGUAAUAUUAUGAAUCGUAAGAUCUAUGGAGUCAAGAGGGAGAUAAAUGAAGUAACUUGCAAUGCAACUAGCUAUUUUUUUGGGGUGGUGUUAAUGUAAGGCUAUGCUAAAAUUUUGAUAUAAUUUCUAUAAAUUUGCCUGCAUACCUGAAAGUUAAUGUAGAUUUUAAAUGUUGUGGCAAAGGCAUUUGGAAUUUGAAACAAUAAAUUCUAUGUCAUCUUGGCAAAACCAGGACCAACAGAUGAAAAUUAUUCACGUCUAAUGAAUAAAUCCUCUAAUACUUGACAUA